AGGAACUAGUGAUCACUCAAUUAACAGUUUUGCAAUACCACUCAAGGAUUAUAAGGAUAUUAAAGAUGCAUGGUGUCCUUCGAAGAAACGUCAAAGAUGUGGAUCCGGAAGUUCGCAUGAAAAAAGAACGAGAGAAGAUCAAGAAAUACAGGGCACUGCUUGAGAAUGUGCUCGAUCGAAAAAAGAAGAAGGAUUAUAGUAAGCAGGCCUUUGACCUCACCACAGAACUACUUGAUUGGAAUCCGGAAACAUACUCUGCAUGGAACUAUAGACGUGAAAUUUUGUUAAAUGGCAUAUUCCCGAACUUGACUGACGCACAAAAACAAGACGUACUGAAUAAUGAGCUGAAAUAUGUUACUAUGAAGCUUAAGGAUCAUCCUAAGGUCUACUGGCUUUUCAAUCAUCGUCGAUGGUCCUUAGAGAAUGCUCCUUAUCCGGAUUGGCAAUCGGAGCUUAUGUUAACGGAACACCUCCUCAUAAAGGAUCAACGAAACUUUCAUGCUUGGCAUUAUCGUCGCUAUGUCGUUGCUGCUGUUGAAAAGACAAACGGCACAUCAUUAGCAAGACGCGAACUGGAGUAUACGCGAGUAGCAAUUGAAGCAGACUUUAGCAACUUUUCUGCUUGGCAUAGCCGUACGAAACUGCUGCAAACAAUUCUUAAUGAAGAGUCCGAUGAAGAACAGCGAGAGAAGUUGAGAAGCACUUUUCUCAGCCAAGAGCUCGAUACCAUUCACCAAGCAAUCUUCACCGACCCUGAAGAUUCUAGUUCUUGGAUCUAUCACCGCUGGUUGAUGGGUUUCUGUCAUGCACCAAACGAGAACGCUCUUUUACUGCCUCCAACCAAAGAACAGUGCGCCGACUUGCUUCGCCAGGAAAUCAACCUCAUCCAUGAGCUCUACGAAAUGGAGCCGGAAAAUAGAUGGUGCUGUGAAUUACUCAUUGAGUAUGGUCGAAGCCUCCAACGCAUAAAUCCACAGCUCGUCGACGGAAAAGAGCAGGAAGAAUGGGUUCAACUCGCAAGAAAACUCCAAACUAUUGACCCACUGCGCAAGGGACGGUAUCUACAAGUGCAAAAAGAGAUAGAACAGGUGUCAACGGUAUAGAUGUUAACACCGAAACCGAGAUACGAAACGAUAUUGUGAAUAGAGAAAAAAAAAGAUGAUUAAGGUAAUUUGACGCGUAAAUCCACGCAUGCGUACUCACUCUGCGUGGCACAAACGCUGCUUCACCUAAUAAUUUAUGCGGGAGCAAUGUUGAACAAAACAGAAACACUCUCGCCAUGGUGAAUGCGACGGAUACAUUCGGCCAAAACGCCCGAAAUGUCAAUCGUCUCAAUUUUGUUGCAGAGGAUCUUCUUGUCCUCGUGGGGAAUGGUGUUCGUCACGACAACCUUCUCCAAAGCACUUUCGUUAAUGACACGAAUGGCUUUUCCACUAAGAAUGCCAUGAGUGACAAUGGCGUACACACUCUUGGCACCAUUUUCCUUCAAAGUCUUAGCAGCCAAGCCCAAUGUACCGCAAGUGUCGGCCAUGUCAUCAACCAAGAUGGCAAUCUUGUCUUUCACGUCACCGACCAAAACCAUGCGUGAAACCUCAUUGGCCUUUUGACGUUCCUUGUGAAUCAACGCGAAGUCGAGAUCCAAACGGUCGGCGAGAGCCGUAGCACGCUUGGCACCACCGGCAUCGGGAGAAACAAUUACAGUAGGAUGCGUAUCUGUAUCGAUGUUUUCACGAAUGUAACGCAGAACAGAAGGUUCAGCGUAAAGGUUAUCCACAGGAACAUUGAAGAAACCCUGAAUCUGAGAAGCGUGGAGAUCCAUGGUAAUUACAUGGUUGCAACCAGCUGUCUGAAGCAUGUUUGCGACAAGACGAGCCGUAAUGGGAGCACGACUCUUGUCUUUCUUGUCUUGACGUGCAUAAGGGAAGCAGGGGAUAACGGCCGUGAUUCUGCGAGCACUGGCGGAACGACAAGCAUUCACCAUAAUUAGCAGCUCCAUCAAGUGGUCGUUAAUGGAACCACAUCCCGUUUGAAUGAUGAAAACAUCCUCAUCACGGACCGAUUCACCAAUGGUAAUGGCUGUUUCCCGGUUCGAAUAUUGAACUACUGACACUUUUCCCAAGGGAAUCCCAAUUCUGCGGCGAAAAACCAUGUUAGCUACUAACUCGCUCAAAACUCGUCGGUUUUCAAAGUUUGAAAAACCAUUCCUCUCGUAUACCUCUUAGCAACCUUCUCAGCGAGAUCCGGGUGGGAAUUUCCCGUGAAAAUCUUGAUAGAAUUGGAAGACAUGGUGGAUCCAGUCGGCUCG